UUCCUUUCCUUUUUAUUUUUAUGUGUUAUUUUUCUCCCCUUUCCGAUCUCCGUCUUCUCCGAACGGUUCCCGUUGAUGGCUUCUUCCAGUUCCGGCAAUUCCAUACCGGCCCCAGAGGCAGUUCAAGUUCUCGUCUCUUCGUUGGCAGAUGAUUCUCCCAUGGUCAGAGAAGCCUCGACUGCUACUCUUAAAGACAUAGCUCAUCUGAACCCACUUCUGGUUCUCGAUUGUUGUUCAACUGUGUCGCGUGGUGGCCGAAGGAGAUACGGGAACAUAGCUGGAUUAUUUCAAGUUAUGUCUGUGGCAAUUCGAGCAUUGGAUAAAGAUGAUGUUGAUCCCCAUUAUAUGGCAAAGCUUGCCAAAAUAGCUGCUUCUGAGAUCAUCUCAACCAAGGAACUCAACGCUGAUUGGCAAAGGGCUGCAUCUUCUGUCCUUGUGGCAUUAGGUUUACAUCUGCCCGACCUUAUGAUGGAUGAAAUACUACUUCAUCUCUCUGGAUCAAAUUCAGCACUUCCAGCUAUGGUUCAAAUACUUGCAGAUUUUGCUUCAUCUGAUGCUGUUCAGUUCACUGCACGGCUCAAAAGUGUACUUACAAGAGUUCUGCCGAUUCUUGGGAAUGUAAAGGACAUCCACCGACCAAUCUUUGCCAAUGCAUUCAAGUCCUGGUGUCAGGCCUGUUGGCAAUAUAGUGUUGAUUUCCCACUGUACACUGCUCUUGACGGUGAUGUCAUGUCUUUCCUGAAUUCCGCAUUUGAGCUUCUGUUGAGAGUUUGGGCAACUUCACGGGAUCUCAAGGUCCGCGUAUCUACUGUUGAGGCUUUAGGCCAGAUGGUUGGUCUUGUAACUCGGACGCAACUGAAGUCAGCUUUACCAAGACUUGUGCCCACUAUUCUGGAAUUGUAUAAGAAAGAUCAUGAUGCUGCCUUUGUGGCUUCAUGUAGCCUCCAUAAUCUAUUGAAUGCUUCCUUACUUUCAGAAAGUGGUCCGCCUUUGAUGGACUUUGAGGACCUCACUGUCAUAUUAUCAACGCUUCUUCCCGUGGUUUGCAUUCAUAAUGACAGCAAGCAACAUUCAGAUUUUUCAGUGGGACUAAAGACCUACAACGAAGUUCAACAUUGCUUUCUCACAGUUGGCCAGGUGUACCCAGAAGAUAUGUUCGUUUUCCUUCUCCAUAAAUGCAGGUUGAAAGAAGAACCUCUAACAUUUGGUGCACUUUCUGUGUUAAAACAUCUUUUACCUAGGUUGUCUGAAGCUUGGCAUGCUAAAAGGCCUCUGCUAGUUGAAUCAGUGAAAAAUUUAUUAGAUGAGAAUAAUUUGGCUGUCUGCAAGGCACUUUCUGAGUUAAUCGUUGUUAUGGCGUCCCACUGUUACUUGGUUGGCCCACCAGGAGAGUUAUUUGUAGAGUACUUGGUACGUCACUGUGCAGUGAUAGAUUUGGAUAAGGACUUAAGGAGUUCAAAGGAAUUGAGGUCGAGUGGCUAUUUCUAUCCUUUCCAGCACAAGAAAUCAGAGGUAAACAUUGGAGGUGUUUGUCCAACAGAUUUACGUGAAAUCUGUGAAAAAGGUCUUCUUUUAAUAACUGUCACCAUUCCUGAAAUGGAGCAUGUGCUCUGGCCAUUUUUGUUGAAAAUGAUCAUACCGCGAAUUUACACUGAUGCAGUUGCCACGGUUUGCAGGUGUAUCUCAGAAUUAUGCAGACAUAAACAUACUCAAAGUGAUACAAUUCUUUCUGAUUGUAAAGCCCGUUUUGAUGUUCCUAAUCCUGAGGAUCUUUUUGCACGGCUUGUGGUGCUUCUCCACAAUCCUUUGGCGAGGGAGCAGCUCGUGCCUCAGAUUUUAACUGUUCUGCUGCACUUAGCUUCUCUAUUUCCCAAGAAUAUCGUCGUAUUUUGGCAAGAUGAGAUUCCCAAAAUGAAAGCUUAUGUAAGUGAUCCGGAAGACCUAAAGCAAGAUCCAUCAUAUCAGGAGACAUGGGAUGACAUGGUUAUUAAUUUUGUUGCAGAAUCAUUGGAUGUGAUUCAGGAUGUUGAUUGGGUUAUUUCUCUAGGAAACUCUUUUGCUAAACAAUAUGAACUUUAUUCAUCCGAAGAUGAGCACUCUGCACUGCUUCACAGGUGUCUUGGCAUUUUGCUGCAGAAAGUACAUGAUAGAACCUACGUACAUGCUAAGAUUGAUUUGAUGUACAUGCAAGCUAACAUUGCUUUGCCAGUUAAUAGGCUUGGUCUGGCAAAGGCCAUGGGAUUGGUUGCUGCAUCCCACUUGGACACAGUUCUGGACAAGCUUAAAGAUAUUCUUGAUACUGUGGGUGAUAGUAUCUUCAAAAGGAUUAUGUCAUUCUUUUCUGAUAGUGCUAAAAUGGAAGAAUCAGAUGAUGUUCAUGCUGCUUUGGCUCUUAUGUAUGGGUAUGCUGCAAAAUACGCUCCAUCAACAGUUAUUGAAGCCAGAAUAGAUGCACUUGUGGGAACUAAUAUGCUUUCGCGGCUUCUUAAUGUACGGCAUCCUACAGCGAAGCAGGCAGUUAUUACGGCUAUUGAUUUACUAGGUCAGGCUGUCAUUGGUGCUGCUGAAAGUGGCAUAUCAUUUCCGUUGAAAAGGAGAGAUAUGUUGCUUGAUUACAUAUUGACUUUAAUGGGCCGUGAUGAUGAAGAUGGACUCUCUGAUUCUAAUCUGGAGCUCCUGCACACUCAGUCCCUUGCAUUAAGUGCUUGUACUACGUUGGUCUCUGUGGAGCCAAAAUUAACUACUGAAACGAGGAACCUUGUGCUGAAGGCUACUUUAGGAUUCUUUGGUUUGCCAAACGAUCCUCCUGAUGUUAUGGAUGGUCUGAUACACAAUCUUAUUACUCUUCUUUGUGCAAUCCUCGUUACAAGUGGGGAGGAUGGGAGAAGUCGGACAGAACAGCUACUGCACAUCUUGAGACAGAUUGAUCCAUAUGUUUCCUCCUCUGUCGAAUAUCAGAGACAGAGAGGUUGUCUUGCAGCUUAUGAGAUGCUUCAUAAGUUUCGGACUGUAUGUGUUGGUGGAUACUGUUCGCUUGGCUGUCAAGGAAGUUGCACCCACAGCAGGAGAUUCGACCGUGCUUCAAAUUAUAAUUUUUCCAAUUUGCCAUCUGCAUUUGUAUCCCCAAGCCGUGAUGCUUUGUGUAUAGGGGAGAGAAUCAUGGUGUAUCUUCCACGCUGCGCAGAUACAAAUUCUGAAGUCAGAAAAACCUCUGCUCAGAUUGUUGAUUUAUUUUUCAGUGUAUCUCUUUCAUUACCGAGGUCUUCAAACUCUAGUUUUGGCCUUGAUAUUGAAUUAUGUUACACCGCUUUAUCAGCACUGGAGGAUGUUAUUGCUAUCCUGAGGAGUGAUGCAUCACUUGAUCCAUCUGAGGUAUUCAACAGGGUUGUUUCCUCUGUUUGUGUAUUAUUCACAAAGGAUGAGCUUGUUGCUGCUCUGCAUGUUUGCUCAGCAGCUAUAUGUGACAAGAUCAGGCAGUCUGCUGAAGGUGCAAUUCAAUCUGUGAUUGAGUUCAUUACGAAGAGGGGGAAGGAGCUGAAUGAGGCUGAUAUCUCAAGGACGACACAAUCGUUGCUUUCUGCUGUGAUUCAUGUGACUGAGAAGUACCUACGUCAAGAAACACUCCAUGCUAUCUCUUCUCUUGCUGAGAAUACCAGCUCAAGAAUUGUUUUUGGUGAAGUGUUGGCUGCUGCUGAGAGAGAUAUAGCGACAAAAGACGUAUCAAGAUUACGUGGUGGCUGGCCAAUACAGGAUGCAUUUCAUGCAUUUUCCCAGCAUGCAGUUCUUUCCUGUUCAUUCCUGGACCAUGUAACUUCUAUUCUGAAUCAGACACCUGUAUUUCAAGGUGGUCCUGGAAAGGGAGAGAAUCCCAACAUUUUUGGUGAAAGUCUUGAAGAAGAUAACGUGUUGCAUGCUGCUAUCACAGCUCUUACUGCCUUCUUCAGAGGGGGUGGGAAAAUCGGGAAAAGGGCUGUGGAGCAAAGCUAUGGGUCUGUCUUUGCAACUCUUGUGCUUCACUUGGGAACUUGUCAUUGUUUAGCUAAUUCUGGCCAGCACGAACCGCUUCGAGCUCUACUUGUCGCAUUCAAUGCAUUCUGUGAAUGUGUUGGUGAUCUGGAGAUGGGAAAGAUUGUGGCUAGAGACAGUGAACAAAAUGAAGAGGAUGCAUGGAUUGGUCUGAUCGGGGACCUCGCUGGGUGCAUUUCUAUAAAAAGGCCAAAAGAGAUCCCUACAAUUUGUUCAAUUCUCUGUAAAUCACUGGAUCGAUCCCCAAAAUAUAUGAGGGAAGCUGCAGCUGCUGCACUGUCAGAGUUCGUGCGGUUUAGUGACAGUUUAGGUUCGUUGUUGGAGCAGAUGGUUGAGGGACUGACUCGACAUGUUUCCGAUGAUUCUCCAAAUGUUAGGCGUCUUUGUUUAAGAGGACUUGUGCAGAUGCCUUCUGUCCAUGUUGUCCAGUACACUACUCAAAUUCUCAGUGUUAUAGUUGCUUUGCUUGACGAUCCGGAUGAAUCAGUUCAGCUUACUGCUGUCUCAUGUUUGCUGACGGUUCUUGCAACAUCUUCCACUGAUGCCGUGGAACCCGUUUUGCUUAACCUUUCAGUUCGGCUUCGUAAUCUUCAAAUAUGCAUGAAUGCAAAAAUCCGGGCGAAUGCGUUUGCAGCAUUUGGAGCACUAAGCAAGUAUGGGUUCGGUCCACAACGUGACACAUUUCUCGAGCAGGUUCAUGCUGCCUUUCCACGCUUGGUGUUACAUCUUCAUGAUGACGAUCUUGGUGUACGACGGGCUUGUCGGAACACGUUCAAAUCUAUUUCUCCUUUGAUGGAAUUCAAUGGUAUUACUGCUCUUGCUAAUACACAUCGAUUGAGUUCUGAUCAUAGAGCCGACUAUGAAGACUUCCUCAGAGAUAUUGCAAGGCAAUUUACUCAGCACAUGUCUUCUAGGGUUGAUACGUACAUGGGAUCCAUAAUACAGGCUUUUGAGGCUCCUUGGCCAGUAAUUCAAGCAAACGCCAUUUAUUUGUGCAGCAGUGUAAUUGCUUCCUCAAGUGAUCAACACAUCUCUGCCCUUUACCACAGCCAGGUAUUCGGAAUGUUGAUGGGAAAGAUAAGCCGAUCAACUGAUGCAAUAGUGAGAGCAACUGGUUCGUUGGCGCUUGGUUUGCUACUAAAGUCGGCCAAUUCGAGUUCUUGGAAAGUUGCACGUUUGGAUACGGAUUCCUCUGGACGUGAGACGGAAUCUUCUAGAAGGCAAUGAUGUUACAACCACCCCCAUUGACUGAUUUGACUCACUUUGAAUGUGAUGAAAUUGGUCUAGUAAACUCAAGUUGUAUGUAUAGACAGACACCAGGUAACUUAUUUAUUUAUUUGUUUGUGUGUAUAUAUGCAUGUAUCAUGUGUAUGUAUAUUUACGUGUGUAAUAAAGCAGUUGGAACAUAGGAAUAAUUUAGUUGUAGAUUUCUCUAUUAUAUAGUUGCCACUAUUUGGUGUGCUGUAAUAAUAACAGAAAUUUAGGGUGAACUACAAAAAUUGUAACUGUAACCUUUCUUUC